AUCAGAAUCAAACUCAAGUGAAACCUUGAAAGAAAAAAAAAAAUUGAAGGUAGAAAAAUGUUUAAGCAGUUAUCGUGAUGAAACUGAAUUUGAUGAUUUUGUUGAUGAAUUCAUUCAGUUUCAAGCUUAUAUUGAGUCCAUCAAUAAUGUUUACCAAUGUAAGCAGAAUCCACAUAAUCAAUUUAAGCAUUUGUAUGAAAUUAAUAUUUAA